AGUAUGCUGGACUUCGUGUUUGCUGUUGAUGAUUCUGUGACCUGGCAUAUGAUGAACCUGUUAAAGAACAGGAGUCAUUAUUCCUUCCUAAAGGUUUUUGGGCCCAAACAGAUAAGUAGUGUACAGAGCUAUGGCGCCGGGAUUUACUACAAUACAUUAGUGCCAUGUAAUGGUAGGAUUAUAAAAUAUGGUGUAAUUAGCACUGAUACUCUGAUUGAUGAUUUACUUCACUGGAAAACCCUCUAUGUCGCUGGACGCCUGCAAAAACCGGUGAAAAUACUGACACAGAAUGACAACAGCAAGCUGCAAGCUGCUCUUGUUAGCAACCUGAAGAGUGCAGUCACAGCAGCCUUUCUCAUGUUACCAGAAAGUUUCUCUGAAGAAGACCUGUAUAUGCAGAUUGCAGGACUCUCCUAUUCUGGUGAUUUCAGAAUGGUAGUAGGAGAAGACAGAUUGAAAGUGCAGAACAUAGUGAAGCCUAAUGUUCCCCAUUUUCAGAAGCUGUACAGUAACAUAUUACAGGACUGCCCUCAAGUGGUAUAUAAGCACCAUCUGGGAAGGCUAGAGAUUGAUAAAAGUCCAGAAGGUCAAUUUACACAACUAAUGGCUUUGCCGAGGACUCUGCAACAGAAGAUAACUUCUCUGGUAGACCCUCCUGGAAAAAACAGAGAUGUGGAAGAAAUUUUACUGCAAGUUGCCCAUGACCCUGACUGUGGAUUUGUGGUGAAUCAAGGCAUUUCGGGAAUUGUGAGGUCUUCCAGUAUAGUGCAGAGUGCUAAAACCAUACUAACAGCUG